AUGUCUGACUAUCUAUCAGAGCUAUCAACGUUCAGUACUUGUGAUGUAUCUGACGGUCUGUUAAACAAGUAUGGUGACGCUUCAGGCGGCUUCAUACCCAAUCUACAGAAAUGGUCAGGUCCGUCUGACAACACGGUUGCAGGGAAAGCCUACACAGUAUUGUUUGCUCAACAUGAUGAUCCUCGGCCAGAAAUAAAUUACAUCGACACUAUUCCUGCUGGUAGUUUCCUGGUCAUUGCAUUGACAAUCCCUUUACAAUUAGAAGAUGCACCUUACGUUAGAGUGUCUCAAGCGCUGUAUGGCGGUUUAAUGUCUCGAAGGGCACAAUUCCAGGGCACAAAAGGCACAGUUGUGCUUGGGCGUAUCAGAGACGUCGAAGAACAACACUCUUUAGAGUAUCCCGUUUACAGCUACUCAUUAGGGACCUGUGCCUCAAAAAUGGCGGUGAAGCCUGUCGCAGUACAAAUUCCUUUGCAAGUCUUGGUGCGUGAAGCUAACGUACAAACUAUACACCCAGAUGAUUAUAUCAUUGGCGACAACAACGGAAUUGUUCGAAUUCCCACUUCUAGCGUUUGCAUGCAAGAUCUCAUGUUAUACAUCAGGAAGUCCAUCGAGGUGGACCGCCUUGUCGCUCAGGAUGUUGCAGAAGGAAAGCCUUUGAAAGCGUCGCAGAAAGAGCGCAGGGAAGUGUUAAAAGAGCUACUGUUGUGA